AUGACGCCUUUAUUUGAAACAGAAAUGAACAAUAGUGAUCGUUUAGAACAAAUCAUUGAUCCACGCUUUCAUAUGCUUGCACAAAGAAAUAAAAUAUUUCCACGUUCGAAAGAAACCACGGCCACAUCCUUAGCAGAUAUGAGACUAAGUUCACAAGCAUGGACAAGCCCUGAAGAUAAGAUUCAGGCUCCAAUCAUCGAGUUAAAACAGUCUUCAAGAUUAUCUUUCAUCAGCAAAACUGGACGCCAAAUCUGCUCGGUUCGCUGCAGUAUAAUUGUUAUUGCUACACUUCUCUUUCUUCUAUGUGCUUUAGCGAUUGCUCUUUCAUUAGGACUUAUUUAUGGUCUGGCUAACGGCUCCAGUUGUUCGACAUCAACAACAACAGCUAUUACUAGAACAACUUCUAUUACAACAUCAACAACAACGUCAACAUCAACAACAACCACAACAACAUCAACAACAACAUCAACUACUACAACUACCACUACCCCUCCAGCUACAGCUUGGAUUCCAAGUAAUUAUGGUACGCCAUGCUCGAGCACAUGCAUCAAUGUAACUACAGUAACUCCAUCGACACUCGUUGCAUCAUGGACAUUCGAAGGAAACACAGACGAUGCAUCGAACAACGGAUAUGAUGGAGUCAUUAUGAAUGGAGCUGCAUUUUCGACAGGCUAUAUAGGUCAAGCAAUUCUUCUUGCUGUUUCUUUAUCUCAGUAUGUUGUUGUACCAUAUAUUGAUUUUACUUCGAAAAGUUUCACUGUGGAAAUGUGGAUCUAUUUAUCCACAUUGAGAACAUCGGAUAUAAACCUUUUUGGCGAAUGUGAAAAUCAUACAGUUCAUCGAUGUCUUCAUUACAACAUUCGCAAUUACAAAGUAUAUAUGGGCUUCUACGCAGAUGAUCUCUCCGGUGUAACAAAUCUCACUACUGGUCGUUGGUAUCAUAUAGCUUAUAUGUAUGAUGCUGUAGCCAAUAAUCAAUCAAUAUAUUUGGAUGGACUAUUAGAAGGAAACAGAGUAACCAGUUCAUCAUAUCUUGGCCAAAAUGGUGAUGUUACAAUCGGCAAAACGGGAAUCCCUGCGGGGAACUGGUACGAUGGAUUGAUCGAUCAAAUAACUGUUACGAAUCGAGCUAAAACAUCGUGUGAAAUUCUUAAUGAUGCAUCACUUGUCGCUCAUUUUCCAUUUGACGAUCCUCUUGUGGAUAUUGGACCCAAUACAAUGACUGCUACAAUUACUGUACAAGGUAACAGUGGUAUGAGCUGGGUAACCGGUAAAGUCAAUCAAGCGCUCAGUUUCAGUAAGACAAACUCCUAUUUUCAAACAUGUGGGUUUUGGGCCUUGGGUCAAAAUCAAGCUUAUUCUAUUGCUCUAUGGAUUAAUCCAUCGUUUCAAGCUGGUACACUCUUCCAUCUAUCGACAGCAGCUACAGGUUCAGGUAGUUGGUGUCUGCCAAUGAUUGGAUUCAGUUCAAAUGGAUCGAUUGUAAGUCAAACUUGGAAUUAUGGUGCUUUUGCUGUAAUCGGACCAAUACCCCCAAUAAAUGCAUGGA